UAAGAUGUACCUUCCCUUAAGAAUUAUUUGAUGAAUUCCAUGAAUUCUAACAUUCGCUAAAGUUAUUUUAAAUGUUGGUUUGGGUUCGUUGGAGCGAUCGAAGCUUACCAUUAAUGCUUUAACAUUAUGAGACGUCUUAUACUAUCUUAUAGUAUCGUAUAUGCAUAAAUUGUAUUGUUGGUCCUUUAUUGACUUGUAUUGAAUGAUAGCACUUUAUACCAUAUUUUUCUACUUGAUUUAAAUCAAAUAGUUAUCGCAAAUAUUGAAACUCAUUAUCUUGUGAUUUUACAGCUUAUCGAGAUGUUUUUUUAAAAAUCGUUUUGUCAAAGUCAAAGAAACUUUAUCAAAGUAUAGAAUUGAGCUAUGGACCGUGAGAGCCAAUUAUCGAAAAUGUUUAUAGGACCUACGGGUUAUACAAUUUAAAAAAAAUAUUAUUUGGGAGGACCAUAGUUAUUAUUGCUUAUAGACCACACAUUUCAGUGUUUACCAUAUAUUGUCCAACGAGACACCUUACUGUGCUAGCACUAUCGUCAAAAGCCCAUAGCAAUGGGUGAGGCGGCCUCGUGACCAAGCGAUGGUUACUAUCGUCAAUAUCUUUCAGGUGAGACACCCAGGUUGAUCGGGGGAUGGUCAACAUACAUAUAUCGAUUAUUGUUAUAGUUAUAACUAUUGGAACUCUCUAUUGAAAGAUUUGCAGCCUAUUGAAAGAUUACAACCUAUUAAAAGAUUUACAUCCUAUUGAAAGAUUACAGCAUAUUAAAAGAUUUACAUCCUAUUGAAAGAUUACAACCCAUUGAAAGAAUUAUAUCCUAUUGAAUGAUCUACAGUCUAUUCAAAGGUUUACAGUCUACUGAAAGAUUUGCUCUAUUGAAAGAGUUAUAGUUUAUUAAAUAUUUCUUUUCAUUAUUGAUUUUAUGAAAUGUCAUACUUAUUGUACUUCAUGUAUUUUACGUAUCCCUAAAGUAUCGUUCCAACCUUAUCGGAACAAGUGAAUGAUACUUACGGGGUACGAUUUCUAUGAAAUUGUGCUCAGCCUCCCAUGUGGGCAACUUAUUUGAUGUUUCAGAUAUUGUGACAUUAGAGUUGACGACACAUGCUAGGCGUCUUCUCCUUUCUCUGCUAUACUUGGUAAGCCCCGCUUAUUUUGUCAGUGGGUAUAUGUCUAGAGAUUUUAUUAUGUUCAGUCAUUCUAUAGUGGUUCCAAUUACAUUGUGGGGAGGUCUAGUCAUAUGGAUGAUGUUUAUACUUUUUUAGAACUCUCGUGUUUAUUCCGCACCUAUGUAUCUUGGCCAAAGGCCUACUUAUAUUUUUUUAAAAAGACAUUUAAUUAAAUAAUUCAAGGCGAUAUUUUAAAUGUUUAAGUGAUACUUCAAACCAUGAAAUAAUCAAGAUAUGUUCAAGUGGUUCGCUUGGUGUAAGUUGAUGGCACUGGGUGCUGGUUGCCCUAGUCUUUUUGGGGCGUGACAAAAACUUAUAGACGAUGAGUGAAACAGUACCUGUAUAGACCCCUUAACUGCUGAUGUAGAAUAUUAUAUAUCUCUAUCAAUUAUGUAGCAUAUGAGAUUUUAUUUCAUUAGCGUGUCUCCAAUUCGUGUGCAAGGACAUUGCAAGUAUCUGAAUUACAAGUUUUCUGAUAUUGCCAAAGCAAGAAUAUAGUUUGUUAAAACAAUAAAUGAUUCACUAAUGUUGACCGAAAUCAUGACAUUACUUUUAGCGUUACUUCCUGUCACGAUACGAUUGUUGCUUGUUCUUCUAUAGGAAAAAUCAGGUCCAAUGAUUGAUUUGCUUAAUCAGUUAAGGACCUUCUUAGUGUGAAAUAUAAUGCAGGAGCAAUGAAUUUGGAAUGGCCAAAAAUUGGAAAUUUCUUCAAUGAAUCACAGCCUGUACUAUAGAAAUAUUAUAGAGGAAGUAAUCAAUCUUUGAUGAAAAUAGUAUUUUAGUACAGUCUGCAGUAGAGGAAUUAAGGAUAAGACAUAUGAGGGUUGAAGAAAUGCUGAAUAUAAUGCUACUGUCGGAUUUCAGAAAAGUUGAUCAUUCAAGUACCUAUUAAAAACCAAAUCUUUCUUGAAGUGGAAAUAAUUUCUUCCUUUUCUGCAGAAUGUAAGAUUAAUGAAUUCUUAGGUAAAGAAACAUAAAACAGAUUCUAAUACACAAGCAAAUCAACAUGUCAAUAGGUGGACCAAUCUAUUUCUUAGACACAUCCAGGUUUUAAUUAUCAUUAAGAACAUACUUUGAUCAUAGACAAUAAGCAGAAAUCAUUUUUAUCCGUGCCUUGAUUUAAACAUCAUUAUCAACUGUCUAAAAAAUAUGCCUAACUGAAUCGUUAUUGACCAAGAGUCUGGAAAUCCUUCCUUUCUCUUAUUGUCACUGACACGAAUACACAAUGCAGAUAUGGCUAAAGAACAGAAUACAGUAUCCUCUCAUAACACUCGUUUUUUUCCUCUUCGUAUUCUUCUCCAUCUUAUAUAAUGCAGAAGACCCUUUUUUCAAUGGUGUUACAUUUUCAUCCAAGAAAGAACCUUUAUUGAAAUCUAGCCAUAAGGAAAACCUCACCAUCUCAGGAAAUCCUCCAGUGCCUUUGGAUAAAUCAAGUACCUGCCAUUCUACUGUUAAGUAUAGUGGAAGGAGAGCUAAAUGGGGUAGCCGUGUACUGGGGUCCGGAGGCCGGAGAGAACUAUUGGAGACGUGUGAUUACACUUCUGGAAAAUGGGACUUUGAUAACAUUUCACAUCCACUGUAUAACGAAUCUGAUUGUCCAUAUAUGUCAGAUCAAGUAGCUUGCCAAAAAUAUGGAAGGUCUGAUCUGGAUUACCAGUAUUGGAGAUGGCAGCCUCACAACUGCAAUUUAAAGAGGUGGAAUUCGACUGAACUGUGGGAGAAAUUAAGAGGGAAAAGACUAAUGUUUGUAGGCGAUUCACUGAAUAGAGGACAAUGGUUAUCGAUGGUGUGUCUAAUGCAAUCUGUUAUUCCGGUUGAGAAGCAGUUCAUGACACAACAAGCUCACCUUACAAGUUUUAGAGCAGAGGAAUACAAUGCAAGCAUAGAGUUCCUUUGGGCGCCAUUUCUUGUCGAAUCAAAUUCUGAUGAGCCAAUGGGUCACAGAUUGCCUGAGAAAAUACUGCGUCCUGACUCAAAUCUUAGGCAUUCAUCGCAUUGGAUUCAUGCUGAUAUAUUGGUGUUCAAUUCAUAUCUUUGGUGGAGAAAGGGCUCUGUUAAGCUAUUAUGGAGCACAGAAGAAAAUGGAGUUUGCGAAGAAAUUGAUGGAUUGAGAGGCAUGGAGUUGGCCAUGGACGCCUGGGCCAAUUGGGUAGAAUCCAAUGUUGAUCCGAUGAAGAAGAAGGUCUUUUUCGUCACGAUGUCACCUACACAUUUAUUGAAACAAGAAUGGGAACCAGGAAAAAGAGGAAACUGUUACGGCGAGAAGCUCCUCAUAAAGAACCAAACCAGGGAAACUAACGUCGACAUGCCCACAACGCUUAUGGUGGAAAAAGUACUAGCUAGGUUGAGCUCAAAGGUCUCCGUUCUCAACAUCACUCGCCUUACAGCAUACAGGAAAGAUGGCCACCCUAGCAUUUAUCGAAAAUUUUAUGGUAUACUCUCCCCCGAGGAAUUAGCAAACCCUGCAAGUUACUCGGAUUGCAUCCACUGGUGCUUGCCAGGGGUGUCUGAUGUAUGGAAUGAGCUGUUAUUUCAGUUUUUCUGACACGGAGGGUUAGCCCGAUUAAGGAUAUAAAGGCACUCACUACUAUUUUGUGGCAGUUGGUGCAAAUUUACUGAGUGUGACCGGUAAUACUACAUACGUCUGUGACAGGACUUUUUCUAACUGAUCCUACAACUAUCAAAGUUUAUGCAUAGAGCACAAUGUACAUCUGAAAUGAUUUUUGUUGUUCAUAAUGAUUAAAAAUUAGUGAGGGCACCAAUUGCCCAAUGAAGAGUGUUUUACUUAUUUCA